CCUUAUAGCAGCUAAUUUAAUUGAAAUUCGUGUAUCAGAUUUCUUUCAGUCUAUUGACAGACUCUGGCAUUCUAAAAGUGUUACUACUGUACAGUAAGUUCAAAUAUUGUAGAGCUACUGUAAACACUAGGACACCAGUGCAGGAAACACACCUACAGUAAACGUCUGUUCUGUGAUAACCAAUCAGACGAUCUGACCUAUUACGAUGCGUCUCCUCCUUCGCUCACAAAGUCACCAAGAAGUCUCUAGGUGCAGACAGUCAACAUGGUUGUGUUGUGGGUUACACUGCUUCUUCUUCACCCAGUAUAUUCGCUGGUCCCAGUGAUCACAGUUGAUCUCGACAAACCUGUGACCUUCACAUGUGUUUUACCUGAAGGAGAACUGAGCAGUAAACCAGUCCUCUGGUACAAACAAAGCGUCGGAGAGAAGCUGAAAUUAAUAGCAGUACUGAAAUCUAAAAAAACGGUUUUUGAGCCAGACUUUGCAGAUGGAAGACUUGAAGUUAAUCUAAACAAGAACAUCAGCAAUCUGACAAUUCAGAGGGCGACUAAUGAAGACGAGGGAAUGUAUCACUGUGCUGUUGUGGACUGGACUUUCAUUACUUGGACUGGGAUGUAUUUGACAGUAAAAGGAAACUAUUCUGUUGUUCAGAGGCCAACGGUCUUUGAUCCAGUCCGUCCAGGAGACUCAGUGACUCUCCAGUGUUCAGUCCUCUCUGCCUUUGACAACAAGACGUGUCCAGGAGGUCCCAGUGUUUACUGGUUCAGAGCUGGAUCAGACCAGUCUCCUCCAGGAAUCAUCUCCACUGAUGGAAACAGUGAAUGUGAGCAGAGAUCUGACUCUGUGAAGAGCUGCGUUUAUCGCUUCUCUAAGACCAUCAGCUCCUCUGACGCUGGGACUUAUCGCUGUGCUGUGGCCACAUGUGGACAGAUUUUAUUUGGAGAAGGAACCGAACUACUGAUAGAGGAAACAUCGCUCUCAGAUCUUCCUGCACUGAUUAUAUUAACAAUCUGUUUCAUCUUUUCCUUAAUCAUAAACAUUGUUUUCAUUUGUUACCGCAUUCCUAGAUCAGGCUGUCAACAAUUUAAAGGAAGUGAAAAUGCCUCCUUAACCACACAUGGCAUCUCAAGCCCACUAUGUGACAUUGCUGAGGACCGAAACGACCUGAACUAUGCGGCGUUCCAGUUCUCGACACGAGGAAGAAGGAAGAGGGAGCUGAAGAGUGAAGAUAGUUUGUACUCUCAAGUUAAAGUCUCAUCAUGAAUGUGUUGGUUCCUCCUUGAAGCUUUAACGCUACAACAUGACCGACAUGAAAUGUAGCUGAUGAUUUAUCUGAAUAAAAGAGUGACGAAAAGGCACUAGAAUUAAAACACAA